CGGAGGGAGCGGCGGCGGCGGCGGCGCGGGGGGAGCGGAGCCGAGCGCAGCCGAGCGGAGCGGCCGCCCGAGCGCCCGGGGCUCCCACCGCCCGCCGCGCUCCGACCAUUCCCGCCGGGCAGCCGCGAUGUGCGGGGGGAUGGCGGCGCGGGGUCCGGGCGGGCCGCGGUGCUGGCAGAACCGGCGGGCGCGGCUGCUGUGCAUGCUGGCACUCACCUUCCUGUUCUUCGUGGUGGAGGUAGCGGUGAGCCGCGUCACGUCGUCCCUGGCCAUGCUCUCCGACUCCUUCCACAUGCUCUCGGACGUGAUGGCCCUUGUCGUGGCGCUGGUGGCCGUGCGCUUCGCCCAGCGCACCCGCGCCACCAAGAAGAACACGUUCGGGUGGGUGCGGGCCGAGGUGAUGGGCGCGCUCGUCAACGCCGUGUUCCUCACGGCCCUCUGCUUCACCAUCCUGCUGGAGGCCAUCGAGCGCUUCACCGAGCCCCACGAGAUCCAGCAGCCGCUGGUGGUCAUCGCCGUGGGAGUGGCGGGGCUCAUCAUCAACCUGCUGGGGCUCUGCCUCUUCAACCACCACGGCGUCGGGGGCCACGGGCACGCCCACGGGCACGGGCACUCGCACGGCGCCCGGCAGCAGCACCCCCGCGCCGGCCCCAAGCCCGAGCCGCCGCCCGGGGACGGGGAGGCAGCGCUGCACCGCGAGGAGACCAGCACCUUGGUGGAGAACUGCAGCAGCUCCAACGGGGUCAGCCAGGAGAAGCUGGGUGAUAUGAAAGAUGACAUGGCUGACCUACAGGUGAACGGGAAUGCUGGCCAUUAUCCUCUGGAUGAAGAGGAGGUUGAAGAAGACUCUAGUGCGCAACUUAACAUGCGUGGAGUUUUUCUGCAUGUUUUUGGAGAUGCCUUAGGUUCAGUAAUUGUGGUAGUGAAUGCCUUGCUCUUUUAUGGGUUGUGGAAUCCAUGCCCUGAAGAUGGGCCUUGCUUUAAUCCAUGUAUCAAUAAUCAUUGCAUGGAAAAUGCUACUUUAUCCCAAACACUUGGGAGAGCUAACAAGUCUGAGCAAGAGGGCAUUACAGUGGCUGGUCCUUGCUGGUUGCUAUAUUUAGAUCCUGUCCUUUGUUUGAUUAUGGUCUGUAUACUCCUUUACACAACUUACCCAUUACUUAGGGAGUCAGCCCUUAUACUUCUGCAGACUGUUCCCAAACAAAUAGAUGUUCAUUCUUUGAACUCAAAGUUACGUACCCUCGAAGGAGUUGAAGCAAUCCACGAAUUACACAUUUGGCAACUAGCAGGCAGUAGGAUCAUUGGCACUGCUCACAUCAAGUGCCCUGACCCUUCCACGUACAUGAUGGUGGCAAAGCGCAUUAAAGAGAUCUUUCAUGACGAAGGGAUUCACGCAACUACCAUUCAGCCUGAGUUUGCCAGCGUUGGCUCUGAAUCGGGGAGAGGGAAAUGUGAGUUGCCUUGCAGGACUCAGUGUGCUUUGAAGCAGUGUUGCGGAACAGGGGAAGAUAGUACUGCAAAGAAGACAGAAAAAUCUUCGUCACUUAGUAUUUCUUGUUCAGAAGUUGUCAUUGAAUUUCCAAAAACGAGGAGGACUAAGUCGGAGAGCAUCCCUUCAGUGAAGCUAGAGGCAAACACUGAUCAAAAUGAGCAAUUUGAGUCAUCUUUGUAACUCCCCGAACGGUGCUACCUGAGUUGUGGUAACUCUGUCAACAGCUGUGUUGCAAGAGGAAGAGACAGACGUUUUGAGUUGCAAUUUUGCCAAGUAGUGUAAUUGCUGAAGUCCUUGUUCUUGUCAUAUUGCUAAAUAUAGAAUGCUUGUUUUAAAGAAUAUAAUGUCACUGUCAUGAUACAAUGUGUUUGUGUUGACUUUGUUUGACUGAGACAGACAGAAAGUGCACCUAUGCUGUAACAACUUCAGAAAACCAGUUUCAACAUUUCAGCAGAGACACUUUUUGCUGUGCUUCAAAUUAAGAUUUUUUUUUUUUUCAAGUGAAAAGGUAUUUGAGGGAUAAGCAUGUAGGAACUCGAUUUGUGUUACAUAUUUCUUGGACCUACUUUUUCCUUUAAUAUUUGAUUUGUAGAUGUUUUAAUAUAUUGUUUAUUUAGAAGCCCUAAGAAAACCAAAGUUCAUAGAACAUUUUAAAAGAGAAAGCUACUAAAAACUGGAAACCACUUUGCAGUUUCACAUAUUUUUCUUAAAGCUAUGUAAUAAUAAUAAAUGUGAAGGCUUUUCAACUGAAUUUAUUGCAUUUUUUGAAGAGAACAUCCUGUGAUUGUUAGAAAUUGUCCCCACUUCUUUUGGUAAGGUAGCAAAGUAAUUGAAAACAACAGAUGUGAAAGGGGUUUUUUCUACCAGAAUGGAAGUUCAAGCUACUGUAUACUGCUCUCUGAUCAAGAUGUGAGACUGAUUGAUACAGUAACACAUACUUUCAUAUUUUGUGUAUUUUCUGGUGGCUUUUCUUACUUCCAAGUUGUAUCUUGGAAGUCUUCAAUAUUUAAAGAACCCUUGACUCACAGUGCUGUGAAUCAAGAGCUGGAGCUUUAUAUUUAACUGAUGCUGAGUUUACUAAGACAAAAUAAUUAGUUAUGUCAGUAAGUGCGCGGUCGGGGAACGUCUGCCAAGCACGGACAGUAUAAUUUGUGCUUUCCAGCUCAGGCAGCAGCUUCGCAACAAGUAAUGCAGUGGUGCAUUUUGCUUCUAGUUGAGUGGAAGCGCUUGCAGUGACUACAGUCCUGGUCCCCACCGUGUCCUCAGGAGCCCUCCAGGACUUUUGAGGAAGUGGCACAGGGAGCAGGAUUUCAUUCACUGUUAUUUCACACUUUGAGGUGUUUAUGUAUCACAUAAUUUCACUUAUUAAGUAUCCAAAUCUGUGGUUUAAAAUCUUGACUCAGUUAAUUGACAACUGGCUCUAAAGAAGCUGUUACAGUAUGCUGCCAACUUACACCUUAGCAGAGGAGAAACUGGUCAGUGGGCUCUGUGAAUUUGGCAGAGACUAGGUGAGAGUUGAAGAUAAAACAUAUAAGAAAUAUAAUCUAAAACCCCAGCCCUUUUGAUCCACUCUCGCGUUACGUACGGGAACCAAUGUCUUGUGCUUAUUUGACUCUCCUAUGCUCAAAACUGGAAAACAACUCAGAUCUUCCAUUGUUUGUUCUAUGACUCUGGACAUGAUAAACACUUUGCCUGAGUUUCCCUGUCUUAAAAUGGGGAUAAUACCUACCUCACAGGGGUGUUGUGAGGCUUAACUCUUGUGUGAAGAGCUCUGAGAUUUGUUACUGGAAGGCACUGAAAAAGAUUAGAAGAUACUAGAUUACAUAGUGUUUGCUACUUCUACAAAUGUAUGGCAAUAUCUAGGCACAACCAGAGGGAACUGAGAAUAGUUUUGGCCUUAUGAAAUUCUUUGAUGCUGUGGUUUUCAGGUUUUUAACAGUAUUUAAAUGUAGAUUUUUUUUAAAAAAAGAAUGUUUUGUUAGUGAAGGGAAUGUAGCUUUGCCUCCAGAUACAGAACACCUUGCUAGUUUGCAUUUCUUACGUCUCAUAUCGUAAUUGCUCCUAAAUAGUUCAAAAUAGUCCUGCUGCUCAUUGGACCUGGAUUGGCCCAAGUCACGUCAGUGGUCUUACCCAGCCUCUCAGCAGAGCAUUGCAGUCAACUCUCGAUUAUCCAUGGGUUGAUUACCAGUGUUGUGUAUUAACUGUGCAGUCUGCAGAGCCCAGACCAGCCCUGCAUCGUGUGCUGUGCACUGGCCAAGUGCUGUGUGCCAAGGCAUUGGAAAAGCAGAGGCACUCAGCCGGUUCCACAGGAGCCCCUCUCACAGGGUGUGUUGACCUGGGUGCAGCACAGCACCAGGCACUUAUUUUGCCUCUUGGCUGCUCAGAUGCAUCUGCAGGAAGCUGCAGGGUGUGGAUAGGUCGGUUCAGCUUUGCGCUGGUUUGGGGAUGUUGGUGCUUCACAGCCACCAGCAUUGCUCCCCUUUUUCUGUGUUUAUGCUUGUUGUACAGUCUCAUAAACUAACUUAAAUAUGUUAAUAUAGUAUUUAUAUAUGUUUUUGUUUUGUCUGAAUUAUCUUAACUCUUUCUUCUGUUACCUGUAUAUGAUCUAGAGUUGACUGUUAAAUGAGAUCUUGUAUGAGACUACAUUUGCAGAAUAUGCUACCACUGCUAGUAUACUACAGAAUAUUAAGCAAGUAAAUUUUGAAAGGAACAAAGUACUAUUUUUUUUAAAUGUGUAUCCUUGCUUUUUAUGGUAAACUUUCACUAAUUAUUUUGAUCAUUAUUUUAAAAUUGGUCUCAAUCAUUAGUUGAGGUCCUGCUGUAUAUCUCUAAUGCACCAUAGUACUACUGCUCUUUAGUUUAUUUAAAAAGAUACCAGCAAGACAAACCAUAGUAGCACUGACUGUGACUUCUCUCCUGUUGCUAUUAUAAAAACAGAGCAACUAUUAAGUCAUAACAGUUGCCAUCGCUGGUUAACAGUCUCAGUAAAUGCAUCUGGAUAGAUGAAGUUGUAGUCACUAUUCCAUUUUAAACUAUUUAAUCUUUUCUUUUUGAGCCAGAAGUCAUAUUUUUCUAUUUCUGUGUCCAUUGCAGGCAAUGGCUAGCUUAAAAGACAAAAAGCUCUCCCCCUCAUUAUUUUAAUUACAGGAUGAAGAUGUGAUGAUGAUGAUGGUGAUGGGGGCAGAAGGGGGAGUUGCGUGGUCUCUCUGUCAUGUGCUGUGUUGCACGUGCGGCACCAGCUGGUGUUGACGGGGCCCUUUAGUCUCUUUAGCCUUCCAUGGCAAAUUCCCUGAAAGCAUAUAGUGAGGUCAAGGUGGUGGCUGUGCAGCAGCAGGAACAUAAUUUUUCCGUUUUUUCUGGCUGUAUGAGACCCGACUGUAGCCCACUAGCUUGUGAUAGAGCUUGAUUUUUUUUUAACCUGAUCUGUUGAGAUUAUACAGACUUGAUUUGUUGUGAAGAUCACAGUUUCAGAAUACUGAGAUCAUUCAAAAACACUGCACAGUCUCUCUUUUUUUUUUUUCCACAAAGCAUGGAACUAGUGAAUCUCAUGUAAGUGAACACUGCAAUGGAGGGGGAGCUAAUUGUAUUGUGUAUCACAUUCCUAAAUUUUUAAAAUAAAAAAACCUAUGGAACACUGAUUUUAAGGAAAAAUAUGUUUGUACUUCAAUGUCUAGAUUGUUUAGGCUUCUGAUUAAAUGUAUCAGAGAUGUACCAAA